AUGGAUAACUACCAGUUCUCAAAGGUAUACGGAGCAAACUGCCUCGCCUACUCGCCUGGAUCCACCUUCAUCGCUACUGCGUUGAAAGACAAGGUCCAAGUCCGCUCUACAUCCUCUCUCAACUGCAUCCGGACAUGGAAGUGUGUCCUUCCUGACGGGCCAAGCACCUCCGGCACGCAGGACGUGGUUAUCGAUAACCUCGAUUGGUCCCCCAGCGGCACUUGCCUCCUGGCGUUCUCUGAUUCCAGAGGACUUGUGUGGGUGUUCGACCUGGCCCAAGACCAAGUUGUCGCCCGGGUUGGCGGUGUUCUACAGGCGGAAUGGGCCGAGGAAGACCUCCUAACUCAGACAGAAGGCGGUUUGGUACUGUAUAACCUGACUUCGGAGCGCAAUCGGUUGAUCCAGAACGUGCAGGGUCAUGCUUGGUCACCGGACCGAAGCUACCUGGCUGCGCCAGAACGACACCAAGGAAAGCAAUACGUCGGGGUGUACGACAAGGAAUCUUUGAUACGGCACUUUCAAGUCCUUGCUUCUGACAUCACCGGAAUCAGUUGGAGCCCAUGCGGCAAGUGGUUGGCCCUACUCGACUGGACUCUCUCUUACACCGUACAUUUCUAUUCGCCCGUCGGUGUCCACGUCGGCUCCUUUGUGCGGGACCUCUCCUCUGCGUCGGCCCACGACAUGGCUCAGUCCAUCAAACGCACGGCGUGGUCGCCCAACGGACGACACUUUGCUCUUGGCGACUCUGGAGGCUUGGUUCAUGUCGUUGAGAGCGAGAACUGGAAGUCGAUUGCGAGCCUGCGAGGUUACCAGGCUGUCUCAAUAUCCGAGCCAACCCUACCGCCAUGGUCUCACGGACAAGCAGGCAUCGUGCAGUUUGAGCGAACCACGACUACGCACUCCGCGUCACCUAUCAACUGGCUGGGGUUCAGCCCCGACGGGACCGUCCUCUUCUUUGGACAGGAGACCGUACUGCAUGUUUACGCAUUCCUUCUUGAUCCAGCGUCAUCGGCGCCUGACAUCGAGCCAACUGUAACAGUUUCUUUCAACGCCCCUAUCAAGAGUGUCCAGUACUGCCCAACAUCCAACCGCAUUGCUGUUGUAACGCGCACGAAGUUCUUGUAUCUAUACGACGGUCUAGGCGUCGAAGGUGUUGAAAUACCAGAAGCUGAAUCAUUCAACGCAAUCAGCGUUCACUGGGCACCCGAUGGGAACUCUGCGGCUGUCUGUGACAAGAAUGCCUUCUGCCUCGUCUAUGAGGAGGCUGCCGACCAGUGUGCGGAGGACGACAGGUGGGACGAGUUGUAA